AUCGAAGCGUUCCCUACAGAAACAAAAUGGAUUCCUGAAACUACACUUAGCUGAACAUUCGAGCGUUUUUAAAGGUUACGGGACUAACAACUUGGCCUUGUGAGCCUAUAUUUACUCACAUCACCGAACAGCAUCUAGAUCUUAUUGGGGACUGGAGCAUAUCCUUCGACCUCUUCCCCUUCUGAACCAAUGGAAGGGUCCGACAGUUCAGAGCAGAGCAGCAGUGACCAGCCUGAGUCACAGCGCAGGCGGCAGCUGGAUCGUCUGGACCGAGAGGAAGCCUUCUACCAGUUUGUCAACAAUCUUAGUGAUGAGGACUAUCGUCUCAUGAGAGACAACAAUCUGUUGGGAACCCCAGGAGAAGCAACAGAGGACGAGCUGUUUAGUAGACUUCAUCAUAUUAAAAAUGGCGCAGAGCAGCAGACUAACACCCCCAGGACUGAAAAUGGAGAAGAUCCAGGGGAGCAACCUGAAACCUCAGAGGAUCCUGCUAAUGGAGACAGUCUCCUUGAAUGGCUAAAUACAGUGAGGCGCACAGGCAACACAACCAGAACUGGUCAUCGUGGAAACCAGUCAUGGCGGGCAGUUAGUCAGACCAACCCAAACAGUGGAGACUUUCGCUUCAGCCUGGAAAUCAGUGUGAACCGCAACCUAGCUGAGCAGCAGGCAGCUGCCGAAGGAGAGCAACAAACUGCUGAGUCUCAAGCAGUGGAGGAAAAUCCUGACACGCAGGUUCUUAUGGAGACAGGAGUGGUAGAAGAACCAGUUGUUGAGGAGAUGGCGGUCAUAGUAGAACCUGAGCCUGAACGGGAAGAGGUUGUUUCAGAUGAGACACUUGGAGAAGUUCCCAGCUCACCAGCUGUUGUGCCAGUUCCACCCACACUUUCUCCUUCUCCACGUAGAGGGCACAGGAGGGCUCGUAGUCGCAGUUCUGAGCCAUGCAGGACCAGGGCUCGUACAGCCAGGAGUCGCUCCCCUCUUCGUUUAGAUGAGCUGGAAGAGCUCCCAAGUCCACGUUUUGCCCAAAUGUCUGAAGGCCCCAGCACAGAGAUUAGUGCUCCACCUGCGCCUCAAGUUGAGGGUAGUUCUCGGACUCGACAACAUGUUCUUUCUAGACAAAGUGCUCCUGAGAGCGACAUUCAGCAGCCCAGUGUUGAAACUGAGCAAAGCCCCGAGACCCCAAACGUCACACCUCAUGAAGGAGAAACCGGAGCCGAAGGUGGUGCAGCUGGACGACGGCCGCCGACUAUAAUGCUGGAUCUCCAGGUGCGUCGUGUGCGUCCCGGUGAGUAUCGCCAAAGAGACAGCAUUGCCAGUCGCACCCGUUCACGAUCACAGAACUCAAAUAACACGUUUCUUUAUGAAAGCGAGCGUGGUGGAUUUCGUAGGACUUUCUCGCGCUCAGAACGCGCUGGUGUCCGGACCUACGUCAGCACAAUUCGUAUCCCUAUUCGCAGAAUUUCAGAUGCAGGUUUGGGUGAGGCGACCUCAAUGGCUCUCCAGUCUAUGAUUCGACAGAUCAUGACAGGCUUUGGUGAACUUGGAUACCUCAUGGAUUCAGACUCAGAUUCUUCCGAUUCCAACCGCGGAGUCCAUGUGCCAAUGUCUGAAACCCCCAAUAACCCAGAGGGCACCACUCCUCCUGCUGCUGAUGAACCACCCGCAGCUGCUGGUGUCAGAGUCGAGACUCUUGAGAUUGAUGCAGAUGAGGGUCUUGCUGUUGCUCCGCCGGCCUCUGGUGCCAGGGCUCGACCCAGUCCCCCCCUCAGCCUUGAGGAGCCCAGCUCAUUACCCCUUCUCCGACUAGCUCACUUCUUCCUAUUAAAUGAUGAAGAUGAGGACCAGCCCCAAGGGCUGACCAAAGAACAGAUUGACAACCUUGCCAUGCGCAACUUUGGCGAGAGUGAUGCCUUGAAGACUUGCAGUGUCUGUAUAACAGAGUAUGCAGAAGGAAACAAGCUCCGCAAGCUUCCCUGCUCCCAUGAGUAUCACGUGCACUGCAUUGAUCGCUGGCUAUCGGAAAACUCUACUUGCCCCAUCUGUCGCAGGGCUGUCCUGGUGUCUACCAAUCGCGAGAGUGUCGUGUAGUUCAUAACAGGCCUUAUUGCCCCCACAUUAAUGAUCUAAUAACCCAAGUCCAUUAACCAUUUAAAGUAGAAGGAUAUUUGUUGAAAUGUAUUCCUUUCAUACCAUUUGGAUUUGUUGUGAUGUUUGAUUUGGGCUGGUCCAUGCUGUGCCACUGGCGGAGAUCAGGGUUGCUGUGGUUUCAUGAUAUAUCAGUUAGUAUGAACAUUGUUGGUUAUCAUGUGUACAUUUUCUUUACAUCAGCGGAGAAUCUCCACUGCACAUGGCUAUCUCCUUCCCUGUUAAUCAGGUUUUUGUGAAUAUCAUGCUUUACCCAGCCAAAACAAAUGUUUCAUUGUAAACGAUCAUUGUACAACAAAUAUGAAUAGUUAUACCUUUUUGAGACGGCCAUUGUACAUUGAAAAUGUCACUGCAACCUCGUGUCCAUUUGUAGAGCUAUACUAUUACAACUUUCCAAAGUUACUCACACACACACACCAUGCAUGCUGUUUGAAUCAACCUUUAGUCACCAUACUGAUUUAUGCACUGGGCCAAGUUGUGUGUUAAAGCAAGCCCCUGUAUAUAAAGACAACUAUCUGGUUAUAAAAGCUGUGCACACUUGGGCCGCUCAAAUCUGCACCAUUCUUUUUUUUUUAUUGGCUCUGAAACCAAGCCUUAUAUGCCAUAAGGUAUGUAUUGGUACAGUUACAACAGGUCAAAGUAUUAGCUGUAAAUAAGCUUGUAUAAAUAAUUUUGAAUCAUGCUUUGUAUCAGUGGUAUUUUUUUUAUUGUACUGUAAAUAAUUUUCUGUAAUGAUUAGGAGCAUAUUGGCCAAUGUUAUUGUCUACAAGAGCAACCCUUAAUUUACAUACAAACAGCUGGUAUCAAUGUGUGAGUGAAUAAUUUAGUGAUUGUGACAGCCAAAUGAGGACAUUGUUGGUUUGCUACUUCAAGUGACACGUAUUCAGCCAUAUUUGUUCACUAUGGCAUGAGCUAGCUGCAUAAUUAAUUGUUUUAUAAAGUAGAUGGUUUUUCAGGCAAAAGGAAGUGCAAGUCACCUUUGGAUAAUGUAACCUUUGGCCAUUAAAAAAAAAGCAAAUUACACUGAUAUCACAAAUUAGGGAUGUCUUGGUAGUAGGUUGGUUUGAUAGUGUUGUAGGCAUGUUAGUCCCCUCUACCCCCAUUUACCUUUUUACUACUAUGAAAGAGAAACAUGCCCAAAUUCUAUCCUUUCGUCACAUGUAAAAGGUAAUUAAUUACAUUUAUAUGUAAAUAAAGUGCACAAUUAUUUUUUUCAAUUUAUCUAUUGCUGGUCUACUUGAUUCCUACGUUAACAUUUUCUGUAAUGGAGUUGAAAUGCUCAAAGAUAAUAUUGAGAUUAUUAGGUUUAAUGCCUCAAUUCAAGACACAAAAUGAUGACUCAUGUACAAAUCAUGACUCGCACCACGGCGCUCCUGUCUGUAUCAGGUUUAUUGUCAAGGUGUUUAGCCACCAACCACCCAUAACAGUGUGCAAUACAUGCAAACGUACACAAUAUAAUAAAUGCUGUUAUUAAAAUUAUUGUCUUAAUUCCUAAAUUAAGAUUUUGUUGCAUUUUUAAAAUGUUUUAAGUUCAUUUUUAGCUAAUUUAAAUGAUGUGACUUGAAUUUGAAUUUUUAUAGCACUGUUGAUUGACGAGAACAUGCAGGGAGAAGAGGACAUCAUUCUACUUCCAUCCUUUGGCAUGUUUGUUGUCCUCAUCCAUGCCACGGUUAUUACUCUUGGCUUUGCAGACCAACAAACAAAUGAAUGCAAGAUUUUGUCAUUGUUGAAUACUAUAAACUGUGUAUUAACUAUAUAAACUUGUGUACAAACGA